CGGUCAAACCCACACAAUAACCGUGUGUCUGCGGCAGUUCAUUCAUAUCUGCUGGAGAUCUUACAAACUUGUCUUUCAUCCAGCGAGCAAAGCGGAAGCUGCAGGAAAGGCUCUAAAAACAAGAAAAGCUGCAUGAAAAGGCGCCGAGCACAGAGUGAUAGAAAGCAGCAGCCCAGCAGCACACAGCCUGUGCUCCCGUCUCUUUUCUCUGGCCUCUGUUCCUUUAAUAAACUCAUGGUUAUCUAGUGUAACAAAUGUCUCGCUGCCAUCAUCAAGUCCAGGCGAGGAGGGAGGAGUUUUUAAUGUUCAGUUUGUUCUAUGGAUCGAUGUCUGCUGGCAUCGCCUCUCCCCUCGCCUGCACCGUGCGUAAUAUACUGUACCAUUACCAAACGCUUUUUACGCGCAUUCCUAACACAUUUUAGCCACCGAAAACAGCCUGCGGAACUGACUGACACGCGUCGAUCAACAUAUGUGGCACUGAUGGACACAAACGGAUCGUGAAAGAAGAAGAUUCGCAGCCCGUAGGAGGAAGAAGAAGGUGAAAGAACGAUCCCGAUUUAACAUCUGUUUCCCCCCCCACCGCUCUCUCUAAAAACGAUUCCUAACUGGAUUUUUCUUUAUAUAGUGAGAGAGACUGAAGUAGUCGGAGAGCCACAAUAAAGACUCACACACACUCUCUGUCUAUGCAUGGACUAUCGUAGACCGCAUUCAGUUUUCACCUGGGCACAGUAGUGAACUGCGACUCCAGAAAAAAAUGCCACGGAGGAAACAGCAGGCACCCAAACGGGCUGCGGUGUACGUGCCCGAUGAAGAUGCCGCUCUUCAGGAUUCCAUCGCUGAAGAAGACGGAGAUAACGACACUCAGACUGAAGAGGAAUGCUCGGAGAAGACCAGCCCCAAAGUGUCUGAGGACAGAGAGCUCGACAACAAGAGCACUAACACUUACAGCAACCAGAACUCUCCCAUUAGUGUCCUUUCCAAUCAAGAGGCAGAGUUGGAAUCGCGCCUUAGCGACAGCAGUGACAGGCUCUCGGACUUCAAAACCUCAUCGCCACCUGAGAGCCAGCGAGACGAAGAAAGCAGCACCGCCAAGCAUAAAGAAGAGACGGGCAGCAGCUUAGAGAAAAUGAGGGCGGCCUAUGCAAACUUUCUCGCGGAUUCUUAUUGGACGGGGAUAGGAAUGGACUUGAAAAUUGGCAAAAACACCAGCAAAGCCAACUGUGACAGCACCAAUGGAAGCACCAAGAGUGAGUUCGACUGGCACCAGGACGCGCUCUCUAAGACCUUGCAGCAGACACUCUCCCCAAAGCCUGCAACCAAACCCAACCUCUUUAGCUCUGUGCACCUCUACAGGCAAACCACCAAACCCUGUGGCUCGGUGUUCACGGGAGCCAGCCGAUUUCGCUGCAAGGACUGCAGCGCUGCUUAUGACACUCUGGUUGAGCUGACAGUUCACAUGAACAAGAGCGGGCACUACCAAGACAACAACCACAGCAAACAGAGUAAUUCCUCUGCCUCGUCCUCCAAAUCUAGGAAACGAAAUUUGCAAGACAUGGAAGGGAAGGAGGAUGCGCAGAAAGUUUUGAAGUGCAUGUUUUGUGGCCAUUCUUUUGACUCGCUCCAGGAUUUGAGCGUCCAUAUGAUUAAAACUAAGCAUUACCAAAAAGUGCCUUUAAAAGAGCCGAUCCCAGUAAUCACACCCAAAUUACUGCCACCAGCAAAGAAACGGGCUUUCGAAACGAGGCCCUGCUCCCCUGACUCCACGACUGGUGUGUCUGGCUACACUGAGGCACAACGAGCUGCCAGCAUUGCAAACGCCAACAACAAUCGAUAUGGAUAUCAGAAUGGAGCGAGUUACACCUGGCAGUUUGAGACGUGCAAAUCUCAGAUUCUGAAAUGCAUGGAGUGUGGAAGCUCCCAUGACACCCUUCAGCAACUGACCACACAUAUGAUGGUUACUGGACACUUCAUCAAAGUUACAAACUCAGCUUCUAAAAAGGGCAAACAGUUAGCCCUUGACCCCUUGGCCAUAGAGAAGAUCCAGGGUUUGGCUGAGCCUGCUGUCAGUGACACUGAAGGAGAAAAAGCGUCUCCAAAAAAUCCUUCCCCAGGGAACGGUGAGAAGGAUAGCCAGGGGGAAGGUACUUCAGACAAAAUGGAAGAAAGUGAUACUAAAGAUGACAAGCAAGAGAGUGAGGAUCAAAAGGCCGGCAAUGGGACUUUUAAGUACCCUUAUCUACGUGAGGAGGAUCUUGAACAGGACUCAGGUGGAGGAGGGGACAUUCUUAAAUCUUUAGCCAACACAGUGGCCUCUGCCAUAAAUAAAGCUCAAACAGGGACACCGAGCUGGAGUGCCUACCCAAGCAUUCAUGCUGCCUAUCAGCUCUCUGGCAUCAUCAAAAGCGCCCCUCUCUCAGCAUCUCCACCUACUCAGCUAAAGCAGACGUUCAACCACAAGCUGAGACCGAUUGCCCCAAAGGGGAAGUUAUACCACAGUGCUGUGGGAGUUGAGGCUCCCCAGGGACAGCAUCAAACUGUGGACAUCAAAAAAGAAAAGGUUGGCAUUAGCGAUGGUAAAGAAAGUCAGAAUAUUAAGUUUGAUCUGGUGGAGAAUGAUGACAGCGAUUGUCAGGACGAUUCCUCUUCCUCUUCAAAGCUUGAUACAGACUGUGUGAAUGAAGGGAGUGAAGCGAUCAAAGGAAAGUUGAGCCCAGAUUUCUCCGACAGAGGCAAGACACCGAGCCCCACUGCCAGCAAUGGACGCAGCACUACUUCAGAGCCUCUCAGUGACACUCCGGAUAUACUUGGCAUAAACCCUCUUAGUGCACUGCAGUCAGUUCUGAACAAUCAUCUGGGGAAAGCAAAUAAGCCCAAUAACUCAAGAGUAGAUAAACUAUCAGCUCACACACAGUCUAUGUUUGCGGACAUUAAUCGUAGCAGCGAGAAGUCUGCUUUAAUGCUCAGAAAUCCUGUAAGAAAUAAGCCUGAUAACCCCUUUCUCUUUGUUAACGAUGACCAGCCAAUAGAUCUGACGAAAUCUAAACACAACAAGGCGAGCUCCCUGCUAAUGCAGCCCUCCGCACCGAUGCCACAGAAAUAUGCUCUGUCUGAUAUCGCCGAUAUGGUUAAAGUGCUUCCGAAAGCCACCACUCCAAAACCAUCAAUACCAUCAAGGAUUCCAUCUAUGAAACUGGAAUCGGAUGUCAGGCGCUUUGAAGAUGUCUCAGCGGAGGUGUACUCCGUCCACAAGCGUAAAGGUAGACAGUCAAACUGGAAUCCACGCCAUCUUCUCAUCCUGCAAGCUCAGUUUGCCUCCAGCCUCUUCCAGACCUCUGAAGGAAAGUAUUUGCUCUCGGACCUCGGCCCUCAGGAGCGGAUGCACAUCUCUAAAUUCACUGGCCUGUCCAUGACUACCAUAAGCCAUUGGUUAGCAAAUGUAAAGUACCAGCUGCGGAAAACGGGAGGGACCAAAUUCCUGAAGAACAUGGACACGGGCCACCCAGUCUUCUACUGCAAUGACUGCGCUUCCCAGUUUAGGUCACCCACCACAUUCAUUUCCCAUCUGGAAUCCCAUCUCGGGUUCCAAAUCAAAGACAUGUGCAAAAUGCCGGUAGAGCAUCAGACGAAGGUAGAGGAGCCAGAACUGUCGAAGGCCCUCAGCGUCAGAGCCACAGAGGCUCUAGUCGCGGAGGAGGACAUUGACUCAAAAUUCAAAUGCAAGCUCUGCUGUCGGACAUUUGCAAGUAAUCAUGCAGUCAAACUCCAUUUGAGUAAAACUCACAGCAAAUCCCCUGACAACCAUUCACAAUAUGUGGAAAUGGACAAGGAGUAGUUUUUCAUAUUACCAUCACCUUUUUUUUUUUCCUUUUUCUUGCCUUUUUAUUUCAAUACACGGGUCAGAUAUUUCAACCAUUUUUCAAUUAUCAUUGUGUAGUGUGCAUUGUAACGACUUAAAAAAAAUUAAUGGAUUACAGCAAAGACACACUGGUUAGAAUUUGUGUAAGGAAACACUAAGAGAUACUUUUGCACCCUGCUCAAAUGCAUCACCAGUAAUGAAAUGUAUUACUGCUUGAAGAAACAUUAUUGCUGAUGUUUGCAUGCAAUAGCCCUGGCUAUGACUACUAUUUAUUUGUAUGAUAUGUCAAGUUUCAAUUGUAUUUCAAAGACAAAAUAAUGACUAACUGUACUUUACAACCUCUGUGAUACAGUGCAGCCGCACAGACGUGCAGUUGUUGAAGCAGGUAGCCUGAUAACGCGAUCACACUCAUGCAGACCUGUACAGUGUAUUGCUAUGUAAAGAUGUUUCGUGUUGCAACGAUAGACGAGGGGGGGAAAAGCACUUUAAUAAAAAUUUAAUCACCAGUUUAGACUCGGAUCCUGUACAUGACUCAAAAAUAAAUUAGACAGUUUCAAAAUGAGGCUCUUUCACAUGUAAAUAUAUUUUAGAAGGAAAAAAAAAACGUGUUUCAUGCAACAAGGAUAACAAAAAGGCAGAUGAUACCUGUGAUACCUGCACCUUUUUUUACUUAUUCAAAUAAAGAGUUAACAUUUGAUUGCCUUGUAUUUUUUGGCUCCCUUAAUUUGAUUAUUUCCCUACUUUUACACAUAAUAAUCAGCUGAUAUGAUUCACAAUAAUAAUAUAAUUCACACAAUAAAGCCUUUCCGGUUAUUCAUACUGUAUCAGCUGAAUGUGUGGACCUGUAAAAUACUGUGAAACAUUCACUGAAAUCUUCGCAGGCCACACAGAACCUAUACACGACAAAGAACAACAUCACGACACUAUAGAGCCCGCCACACUCAUUUGUUACCUUAUGACUUUUAGAUACACUUCAAAGAUCUUGUUGUCAGACUUUAUUGCUUUCCUGUGAAUGCUGCCGCAAGAUGGUAUCAUAACAAUUAAACAUAUUUCCUCCAGCUCUAUUAUUUCAAGGCUAUUAAAAAUAAUUGCCUCCUAAAUUCAUAAACAUUUUAUGCAAUUCAUCUUUUUUUUUCAAGCAAUCAAGUCCUCAAUUACCUCCACCCAUCAAAUCUCUAUUUUAUAACAGGCAACUGACAUUUGAUGGUAAAUGGGAAAAAGCACAUGGGCACUGUGGUGAUUUGAAUGCUGUGACACCAACUUGCCCCCUAUUGUUGGAAAUGAGCAGGCAAUCACGUUGUUCAUCAGAUGACUCCUAAUGCAGUUAAAGUAUUCAGCUAUAAUUUCUCCCUGCAUUUAUAAUUACUGUCAAAGACCACACACCUCAGUGAGCAGAUUAAAGCUAUAAAUUAUUUAGUGCCUUUCUUCGCCGAUGGAUCUCUGAUUUGUCUGUGGGGCCAUUAUGUUUUAAAGGAGCAACUUACUUCUUUUUUUUUUUUUUUUGAAGCAAGCAUUGUCCUUAAGCUGCAGCAGAAUGCUCUGCAGAGAAACAAUGAGAAUACUAUUGGGGUUUUUUUUGUUCAUUAAAGCGAGGCUGUGCAUUUUGCAGCACAUACUUUUUCCAUUUUUAUCUCAAAUGCACGUUGAUUUGCCGUAAUUCUAUCCACAGCAGUUAUUCAGAGCAUAUUUAGUCUACAAGUGCAUUUUGAAGAAUCAGCACAACCUAGUAGAGACUUACCCAAGGCUAACUAAAGAAAAAUGCUGUCAUCAGUGCAGCCACAGAAGGAAAUUAGUUGUCUCUGGCUAUAAUUUGCCCUAAUAAGUCAAAGUCAAUGUGGGAUUUAUUGUUGGUACACAAAAAGCUCGUAUGGAUGUGCAUUUUUUAAGGUUAAUAAGAUUCUUAUCGUGAAAUAAUUUAAAGGUGCAAAUCAAAAUACAUAUCCGCUGUUUUCAAAUACACAUUAUUCUUUCUAAUGCGUGAUUUAUUAAAUACCUACAUUCUUUAGGUACCAUAAUCAUCAUAAUUAGGUGAAAUAACCCCAUUAUUCUUUGGGUGCUUUAUAUUCAUUUUGAGUGUUUGCAUACAUUAACGCUGUUAAUUGCAUUCUACAUGCAACAUGUCAUGGCUAAUUACUGAACACAGACACACCCACAGACACAUGCACGGUGGAAAAAAAACAAAAAACCUGGUUGUCAUACGUAUCAGUGACGCUAACGCGCUCAUACGUGGACCUAAUAUAAACACGAUAUAAGCUUUUAUUUGUUGCAGUUCCACAUUAGCGCUGGGUAGAUGGCCCAGUGAUGAAGCAUGACUCCGUUCAUGUUGCUCUUAAUGAAAAAAGAAAUAGAAUUAAGAAAACAUGUAGUGAACAGUGGAUGCGGUCACACCUCGCCCUAAAUGGAAUGAAGCCAAUUUAUUAUGUUAUUUUCACUAUUAAUAACAUUGAUUUUUACAAAAGUUCAGCUGUGAAAUUGUUUUGAAAUGUUUUAAGACUUUGCAAAUGUCUCAGUGUCGGACUCCAAAUACCAAAAGUGCUUCUAUUAUUCCCUCCUUGAAGAUACUUUCUAAAAUAGUCCUAAUGGCUUGGCUGAAAAAUCAAAUUAUGCACAUAAGUAUACUUGCGUCGCAGAUGCAGUGAUAAGCGACCUUAGCAAAAUUGACGCCAGCUCGCAUCUACGAAUCCUUUGUCAAUCUGUCAUUAAACAUGCUAUCAAAUAAUGAUAAGUGUGCGCUCCUUGCUUGCACUGGCGUGCAUCUCUCUGAUGCUGAUGUGCUGUAAUAGGGCAAAUGUGCAUCAGAAUUUGCCUGCUUGGAUACACACAAAACAUUUACACUGUGCUUGACUUUGCUUCGCCCCGUGCCAGACAAGCAUGGAUUCACUUGCAUCAUCUGGCCUGUAAACCGGAGGUGGCGGGGAGGGAGGAGGGUUCAAAAUGUUCAUCACACAGCAGCAGCAGCAGCAGCAGCGUAAUGACGAACUCAUGUGUUUAAUGAAGGGCUUUAGAACUUAUAGCUAUAAUGACCCACAUCCUAACUCCCUUUACUCCCAUUUAUUCUCCCCAAAGUCCUCAGGUUAUUACGUCCCUCAGAGAAAUCUCCAACAAAGAGCGUCGCAUUGCUCUAUUCCUAUCACAUAUUACAUAUCAGAACAUUUUAUUGCCCUACAAUGUACUAUUGAAGACACGGUGACAUGAUAUUAGUUUUAAAUAUGGCGAAGAACAUACUCUAAAUAUAGAAGUAGUAGAGGGAUAAAAACAACGUAUCCUAAUGCUACACCCCUGCCUUCCAUCUUUAUUUCCUCCUUUUUGUGGUUAAUAAUAAGCUCUAAAAUCUGCCUUCUAAUGAAUUCUACCUCCUGAGAAUAUGAGCACUGCAAGACAAAGAGUUAUGCACGUAUGUCUGCUCCCUUACAUACAUCAUAUCUUCCAAAUAGCCCAUAGUCCUCCACUGUUAAUGGUGUUGCUUCAAAUAUGCUAAUUAAGCAAAAAUAAGUGAUGAAUGGAAUACAUUUGAUCAAUCAAGUAGGCCUAAGCCCCUGGUGCUGCAUAUUCAUUGUACAUCAUGAAUAUGAAACCAAAGUCAUUUAUCAAAUAUCAGUUGCACAUUUGUAUCUUAUUAAUCAUACAUGCUGAAACUUCUGUCUUGUCAAAAAAGCUGAAGGUUGAUGAAGCACUUGCAAAAAGGAUUAAACUCAGGGAACUCAGGGUGGUGCUUCAGUUAUAAUGCAUGAGAUAUUCUGAAACUUUCAGAAUCUUAAACAGUCGGUCCAGCCACGCUCCUGAUAAUGCUCAAGCGAUCUUAAAUCUUUGCACAUUUGGCUUUUUAAUUAUUUCUCCCCCUUUUUUCCCCCCUCUGUCUUUUAGACACCACUACUGCCAGUGCUCCAAAAAGGAUGGGUGACUAACGUUGUUAUGUUUGAGUCAUUGUCAGUGAGACGGCUUCAUUCAGGAUAUUUAGGGCUGUACUUUAGCAUGUAAAUAAUUCAUUAGCUUUUACAUUUGUAUUCCAAUAUAAAUGUCAAAUUUAAGUAGUACUUUACCUAAAAACACAAUUAGAAUUUAUUAGAAGUAAACAUUUAAUAGAUGUUUACAGAAAUGUAUAAGAGCGGGGAUAGUCAUAAUAAUAUAAAUGUGGACGACAAAAAUGGCAAAAACGAACCAGCAAAUGUUUGCAUGUUGCUUGCGAACGCUGAACAGGGCGGCUUAAAGUUGCCAAAUUGGGGUAGUUGUGGGAGCACGAGAAGCCUUUGGCAAAAGUGUAAAUGGAUGACUGAACAAAAGAUUAUUAAAUACAUUAAAUCCCCUUCAUUUUAAACUGAAAUGUAUUAUAAUAAACAAAAUGAUGCCAUCAGUAUUUUGCCAAGCCGCUGUGUAACAAUGUGUGGAGGUUUUCACUGCCAUCAUAUAGUGGAUGAGAGAACUAACACUUGAUUGCCAGCAGUUCAUCAGCGCAUCCUUCAUAUUUUUCACCCAGCCUGCCUCAAGGCAGCGUGCUAGCUCAAAUUGAAGCUGACAUCUUCCAAAUAUGAAAGCAACAAAUCACACAUUUUUAUUGGGCUUAAUCUCCAGCCUAGCCCCUUGCAGACGUCAGCACAAUCACGGACGCUGCUCUAAUUCUUGCCGACUGGCUGCUUGUGCCUCCCAAGCAUCUCUGGACUCGCAGAGAAAAGGAAGAAAGUGGCCAGACACCAGAGACAGGGGUGACACCUAGGCUUAUUAGGAGGCUUUAAUAUGGCGGUAGGAACGUGUGCAACUCAUCUAACAGGAUUGUGCUUUGAGUAAUCUGUGGUUCAGCCGUAAAUAGAAAUUAUAUCUGGAAACACGUCAUAUUGAUUCUUGUGACAAAUGAAAAGGGAAUGUCCAAAUUUGACUCAGUGGAUUAUUCAAUUGUGUAAAAUUAAAAAAAAAAUGGUUACAGGGAAUGCAGCUACAAUAAUAAAAAAAAACAGGGCCAGUAAAACCAGGAAAUUGAUAAUAAAAUUAAUGUCAAUGCAGCAAAAUUUUUGGAGGAAAAAAUUGUCUAGUCUGGAAUUUUAACAGCAGGUGCCUUUUUCUGAACCCACAUAAAAGUGUAACUGAAAGCAAUAUAAAAAUCCAGAUGUUGAUGAUGAAAAAUGUGUUUCUGUCUGUCAAUAAUGAUACAGAAACAGGUCUGAUGCACUCUUUUAAGACUAUGAAUCCCAAAUGUUUUUGUGUUUGUUUGUUUUUCACUUCAGUGUAACCUCAUUAAUGAUUUACACCAUGCAAAGACAUUUGUGAAUGGACUUUGAAGGUUCCUCAUUUGAACACUGCAUAGACUGUACAUAAAUGAUGGCUACAACCAUUUAUUUUGAAUGACGCCAUCUUGGAGUUUUGAAAAGACUACAUGCUCAUUUGUCUGCUUUGGUCCCGCCCUAAAGCAGGGCCUUUUUCACUCUAACAAGGACGUCAGUUUACAAAAUAAAUAUCAUAUUGCAGUGGUCCC